UUCUCCAUCCCUUUCCCCUCUCCCCUCUCUCUCUCUCCUUACCCUCUCUCCAAAAGACUGGAUACAGAACAGAAGGAAAAGAAAAAAGAAUACAGAGAAGAAGAAAGAAAGAACAACACCUACCAAACAAGUCUUGGUUUUUCGAGUUCAUGGGCUGAGGAAUUGUUCCAAGGAAUCCCCUCUGGGUCUGAACAGAUUCAUACCGAGAAACACUUCUUGAAUUUCCCCUCUUUUUUUUUUUUUUUGCUCAGGAAUUAUUUAGUACGGAGGAACUGCUCCUUCUUGUUUCCGCCUUGUUUUUCCGUGUUCCUCUGGUUGGGAUUUUCUCCGGUUCUUCCUCGUUUGCUUGUGGGGGCGAGAAGAAGAGAGAGAGGCAUGGGAAAGGAAGGGCCUUGCCGUCAUUGCGGAGUCACAAGCACUCCACUUUGGCGAAAUGGGCCACCAAAUAAGCCAGUGCUCUGCAAUGCAUGUGGCUCGAGAUGGAGAACAAAGGGUUCAUUGGAGAAUUACACACCAAUGCAUUCUCGUGACGAUAUUGAUGCUGAACAACCUAGAGUUAGCAAACUGAAGCCUCCGACAUCGAGGCUGGCUGAACACAAGCAACUGAAGAAAAAGCCAAGCCACAGCAUAAGGGAGAAUGAACCAUUUUCUGAUCAAAACUUCUGGAAGAUGGGGGAUACUGACCCAAGCCGAUCUAGUUCUGGAUCAGCAGUAUCAUAUUCAGAGAGUUUUGCGCCAUAUGGUUCUGCUGAUGCAAGUGAAAUGGCUGGUUCAGCGCAAUCUCAUGCUUGGGAGUCACUGGUACCAUCAAAAAAGAGAAGUUGCGUCACUCGGCCUAAGCCUUCACAGAUGGAAAAGCUUGCCAAGGAUCUUAACUCCAUAAUGCAUGAAGAGCAGUUAUACUAUUUUUCUGGAUCCUCAGAGGAAGAUCUACUUUACCAUAGUGAAACUCCUGUGGGUUCCUUUGAGAUUGGCUAUGGAAGUGUGCUUCUUAGAAAUGCAAACUCAAAAUCAGUGGAGGAAGAUUGGGAAGCAAACUCUGUUCCUGCAGAUAAUAAAUCAUACCUUACAAGUGAAUCGUAUUCAGAGACUGCCUCGUUUGUUGUACAUAGUGGAAGCAAGGGAGCAAGCAAUUCGAAUGCUGGGCCGGAGAAGCCAAAGUCGUUUCCCGUGCAGACACAGCAGGAAAAGGCUAGAAGGGAUAAAUUUCAUUAUUCAAAGCAGCAGACCAUGGAAAAUGUAGAUUCGGCUUUUGUUUCAGUAGUUUUAGAGGGGAAGGACACAAACGAAGCAGGAAAUGAAAAUACCAGUACUUUGUAUGGCCUUACAAAGUCCACUAUGAAGCAUCUCAAAAGACCUCAUGAAAGCCAGUUGCAAAGCUGCCCAGAAGAAACCAUGAGAGGUCCAAAAAGAGUUUCUAGAUAUGGGGCUAUGGCUCCUCAGUUCAAAGGUUCAGUUUUGCCCAAAUCUGGAGGAGCAGCAUUGAACUUAUUCAUGUUACCUCCAGAUAAAUUAUCCAUGCUGCCCCCUCCUCAGUACAUGGAUGAUGAUUGUGAUCAAGACUUGCUGCUGGGGGUUCCUCGCAAUGCACGGCAACCAGAGGCAGAACUUCUUUGCCAACCAUUUCAAAUCAGCUCAGUAGCCCGCAGCUUCACCUCAGAGGACGUGGUCGCUGAUGGCGAGGGGCGUCUCAAGCAACCAUACCCACAAAUACAAAUCUGCGCGGGAAGCCGCGAAGGCAUCGAGUCGUGGGGCCCGGAUCCCUCCGAUCCGCUCGCACGAAUCUCAAAGCGCGAGCCUGAACCCCACUCUCCGGUUCAUCUUAUCUCCUCCCCACCCGCAGUCACCGGCCGCUCCAUUGCCAGUGCCGCCAUGCUGCUCCACCUCCUCACUCCCUCCUCCGUGGCCCCGGCCCGGCCAUCGCCGCGCCGGCCGUGCGCCGCGGUGCGGUGCGCGUCCUCCUCGGCCGCUUCGCCGUCGUCGUCGGCGGCGGCGGCGGUCGCGGCGGCUGGGCAGCAGGUGGCGAAUGUGCACAGCUACGGGACGGUGGACUUCGAGCGGCGGCCGGCGCUGCGGUGGAGCAGUCUGUACCGGCGCGUGGCCGUGGGAAACGGCGGCCGUCCGGUGGGGCGGAUCCUCGGGGACUGGGACGAGGGCGAGCGCCGUCUUGACAAGUGGGAGCUCUGCCGCAUCGCCAAGGAGCUCCGCAAGUUCCGCCGGUUCAACCUCGCGCUCCAGGUAUAUGAUUGGAUGACUGAGCGCAGGGAUAGAUUUCCGCUAUCAGCGAGUGAUAUGGCAAUCCAGUUGGAUCUGGUUGCAAAAGUACGUGGUGUUCCAGAUGCUGAAGAAUAUUUCGAAAAACUUCCUGAUCCUCUCAAGGACAAGCGAACAUAUGGGUCUCUUCUCAAUGUUUAUGCCCAAGCUAAGAUGAAAGAGAAAACAGAAAACACAUUUGAGCUGAUGAGGAAAAAGGGAUUUGCAACUGACACAUUACCUUUUAAUGUAUUGAUGAAUUUUUAUGUGGAUAUUGAAGAGCCUGAAAAGGCGUCUACAGUUACUGAUGAGAUGAAGAAAAGAAAUGUAGCUUUUGAUGUCUGCACUUACAAUAUUUGGAUAAGGAGUUGUGCAGCUAUGAAAGAUGCCGAUGGAAUGGAACGAGUCUUUAACGAGAUGAUUGCUGAUGAGUCUGUUGUUUCCAAUUGGACUACUUAUACCACACUUGCUAGCAUGCAUAUUAAGUUUGAGAACUUUGAGAAGGCAGAAGAAUGCCUGAAAGAAGCUGAAAAGAGAACAACAGGUAGGGAUAAGAAAUGUUUCCAUUUUCUUAUCACACUCUAUAGCCACCUCCAAAAGAAGGAAGAGGUCUAUCGCAUUUGGAAUCGGUAUAAAGCAACUUUCCACACAAUUCACAACCUAGGUUACCAAGAGGUACUGUCUGCCCUUGUUAGGCUAGGGGAUAUUGAGGGAGCUGAACUUCUCUACGAAGAAUGGGCGUCUAAAAGUUCGAGUUAUGAUCCCAAGACUAUGAACAUUUUAUUGGCAUGGUACUCUAGAGAAGGUUUUGUUGUCAAGGCGGAGCAAACUCUCAACAGAUUUGUUGAGAAAGGUGGGAACCCCAAACCAAACACCUGGGAAAUCCUUUCCACAGCAUACCUGAUGAAUAAUCAACUAUCUGAAGCUCUUUCAUCUAUGGAGAAAGCCGCGGCAGUUACUAGUGCAAGUAAAUGGAGACCAAGACUAACCAAUGUUGAGACUCUCCUGGCAUAUUUCAAGGAUAAGAAUGACACAGAGAGUGCAAACAGGUUAAUGAGUGUACUUGAAAGUAGAGGGUGUGCUGAGAUUGAAGAGUACAAGUCUCUGAUUAACACCUAUGCUUUUGCUGCCGCGUGAUGGUGAACCAACAGUAUGAUCAGUGAAAGGUCCCUGAACAUUUGUAUCACUUGCUUGUAACCUAAAUCUCAUGAUAACCCUUGCAGCUGCGAAUUCAUGUGGUACAGUUCUGUGAGCAGCUAGGCACAUUUCGUGAGCUGUUUCCUGACAAAAUUGGACAGUGAGGUACAUAGGCCGGUCACUUAGCUCAGUUAGAAAUUAUGUAAUCAUCAAGAGGAGGCCAUUUACAGGGUUCCUAAGUACUUUCUACAUGUAUAUUGACAUUAGUACAUUACCACUGAAGAUUAAAUCUUGCCUUCUCCAUGGAAGAUUUCAUUUAUGAGACACUUCUUUUAUCU